AUGGUGCACCCCGGCUGGGUUUGCUUGCUGCAGAGCUCCCUCCUGCUGCUGGCCAGAGCGCGGCAGAGCCGCGGCCCCGCGGGCGCCUGCCCGCUCCGCGGCAAGCAACGCGAGCUCAACUCCUUCCUGUGGACUAUCAAGAGAGAUCCCCCAUCUUACUUUUUCGGCACUAUCCAUGUCCCAUACACUCGUGUAUGGGAUUUUAUCCCUGAAAACUCCAAGAAGGCCUUCCAGCAGAGCCACAUCGUGUACUUUGAGCUGGACCUGACCGACCCCUACACCAUCUCUGCACUUACCAGCUGCCAGCUCCUGCCCCAGGGUGAGAACCUCCAGGAUGUGCUGCCCCGUGACAUCUACCGCCGGCUCAAGCGGCACCUGGAGUAUGUCAAGCUCAUGAUGCCAUCAUGGAUGACCCCAGAUCAGCGGGGCAAAGGGCUGUAUGCAGACUACCUCUUCAAUGCCAUCGCUGGCAACUGGGAGCGGAAGAGGCCCGUGUGGGUGAUGUUGAUGGUGAACUCUCUGACUGAGGUGGACAUCAAGUCUCGAGGCGUGCCUGUCUUGGACCUGUACUUGGCACAGGAAGCAGAGCGGCUGAGGAAGCAAACGGGUGCUGUGGAGAAAGUGGAGGAGCAAUGCCACCCGCUGAAUGGUCUGAACUUCUCUCAGGUGAUCUUUGCUUUGAAUCAGACUCUCUUGCAGCAGGAGAGCCUCCGAGCAGGCAGUUUCCAGAUCCCUUAUACGACAGAGGACCUUAUCAAGCAUUACAACUGUGGAGACCUCAACUCCAUCAUCUUCAACCAUGACACUUCUCAAGUCCCAAAUUUCAUUAAUGCUACACUUCCACCUCAUGAACGUGUUACUGCCCAAGAGAUAGACAGCUACUUCCGACAGGAGCUCAUCUACAAGCGAAAUGAGCGAAUGGGCAGGAGGGUGAAGGACCUGCUGGAAGAGUACCCAGACAAGAGUUUCUUCUUUGCAUUUGGAGCUGGUCACUUCAUGGGCAACAACACAGUGAUUGAUGUUUUGAGGAGAGAAGGGUACGAGGUAGAACACACUCCAGCUGGACAAGCCAUCAACAAUGGGAAACCCCCCAAAACCUUGUUAGCCUUCUCAUCGUCCUCACCAGUACACAGCACCUACGUAGUCUCCCAGGAGCAACCACUGCCAUUGCACCCACAUAAAGAGGAGAAAGAGCUCUUGCCUCACCUGCUGCUCCCUGACAGCAUUGACUUGCUGGAGAAGGUGGAUAGGAAGCACAAAAAGAAGAAGAAGAAGAAGCAGAAGAAGCAAAGACUGCGACAGUUUAAUGACCUCUGGGUUCGCAUUGAAGAAAGUGCUACUGACCCUCCUCCCCGGAUCCGCAUCAUUAAUGGCUACAUCACGGUCGAACCCCAACCCUGGGGCCACGAACGCUUUAGUCACACUCGCACAGACACCAGCAGCGCACACCAGCUAUUCCAGUCUCUGAUCCUCUCACUAUUGACUUUGGCUUUGCAUAUGUUAAGGCUGCAUUAA